AUGACCGCGGGAACCCCCUCAACUGCAGUCCAGGUCGCCGAUCCCCUCCGCCCUAAGUACGUUAACACGAGUGGUGUCGUCAACACUGCUGUCCUUGGCAUCAGCGGAGCGUGGCUGUACUUCUACUGUGUUCCUCUGCGUCGUAAGGAAUGGUACGACAUCAUGAUGGACUAUGUUCACCACAAGAGAACUCAGUACGCCUCCAACUUUCCCGACAAGGCCGUUCGUACGGCACUUAGGUUUGCGAAGUAA